AUUCGCUCAGCUAAGCGCUAACAGCUAAAGAGUAAAUUCAGUCAUUCAAUCAGUAAAAUUACGGUAUACUUUCAGUAAUGAGCUAAGAAUGAACAGCAGUAAAAAGUUCUCGUUAUUGUAGCUUAACUUUAAUAUUAAAAUGACUGAAAUUUGGAAUUUAAAAGCAUUAUGUAGAUGUUGUCAUGCUGACGGCAACUUCAAAGAUUUAAAUUCGCCUUGCAACGAGGUGGAUUCUCUUGAAUUAUGUACGGAUUUGUUAAAAUAUACUUUUGGGAUAAAUUUACAGUCACCGUCUAUUGAAGUCAGUAACACCAUAUGUGCUGAUUGCGUACAACAAUUACAAAAUGCAACUACAUUCAAGAGACGUGUGAUGGACUGUGAACAAAAGUUUCAGGAGUACUGCAAAAAUGAAUUAUUACAAUAUAUGAAUAUUAAAUUAGAAAAAGAAAAUGAUUUUAAUAUUGUAGCGAAGACUGAAAUAGCUUCGGAAGAUGAAGGUAAUGAUCAUGAUUAUCAAUUAAUUGAAGAAACUUGUACAACUAAUAUUAAAUACGAAGCUCAAGACAGCAGACAGGGGGAAGUAAAGAAUAACCCCACUCAACGAGAUGGGAAACGAGAGAGUACACGAAAGUACAUCAGAACCAAAGGCAACGCAGACAAAUAUAUAUGUAAAAUUUGCAAGAUUGGUUUUAAAAACAUCAAAUCACUGAGAAAACAUAUAUCAGAUAUUCACAAUACUGUUUACAAGUGCAGUAUCUGUGAUAUUAAUUUCAAAAGACGUGAUACAUACAAUAAACACACAUACAACCAUUCCAUAUGUGUAAACCCUGCGAUACCUCUAUCAGACAUAACAAAGUUUGAUUGCCAAAUGUGCAGCAAAAGUUACCGCACGAUUAAUGAAUUACGUGCGCACAGAAACACACACACGAGAGAAAAUAUAUACACAUGUGAUAUUUGUAAAUCGGAGUAUCUGUACAAGAGCACUUUGGUGAAGCACAUCCUCUGGCACAUGGGGCUCAAUAAGCGAUACAUGUGCCAUACGUGCGGGAAUUCAUUCAACGACAUUACGAAUUUGAAUAAACACAUCACGGCCGUUCACAAGAAGCUGAAACUUUUCAAAUGCACGUUCUGUUCGAAGGAAUUCGCCGCGAAUAAAAAUUUGAAGAUCCAUACGCGUAUUCACACGGGAGAGAGGCCGUACAAAUGCAAAACGUGUGAUAAGGCAUUCAUUUCCUCCUCAAACCUCGGUAAGCACGAAAAUAAGCACGAAAAUAAGAAAAAAUUCGGCGGUAUAUACAUUUGCAAGUAUUGCAAAAGUGUUUUCGAUCAUCGCGGUAUUUAUACAAGUCAUCUAAGAUCACACCUCUCGGCGAGAAAGUAUAAUUGUGCUCUAUGCGAUGAGAAUUUCGUGAACGGGUAUUCCCUAAAACGUCACAUGGAAAGGCAUAGUAAUGUUAAGAAAUACUCUUGCGAUAAAUGCGAUCGAAAGUUCACGACGAAAGCGAACCUAAAAAACCAUGAAAAACAUCACGAUCCAAGGCGAUUGAAAACGAACAGAAAAGUGAAGAUCGAGAGAGUCAAGUGUGAAGUUUGCAAGAAAUUAGUUACAAAUAUAGACAAACAUUUGAAUGCACACCACAACAAACGCCAUCGAUGCGAUUUCUGCCAUAAAGCCUACGCCGAGAGGAACACAUUGACCCGCCACGUGAAACAGUUCCACGAUGGAGUUCGCCACGAAUGCGACGUGUGCGGGAAGACAUUUGUCAACUCAACGAGCUUGAAGACACAUAAGAUAAAACUCCAUGACCUUGUCAUAACGAAGAAAGAAGAGGAAUGAUGAAGGAUUUCUGAACGGGUUUCCAAUAUGGCGUCCGGUAUGCGGCAUGUCAGUAAGGUCAUAGCCUUAUGAGGCCAGUUGUGAAUGUCCGAUAUUACUAGCAGUGCCUGACAGAUGCUGACUGCCUGCCAAUUGUCCUGAUGAUCAGUUUAAUGGUAAAGAAGUUCGAUGACUUCUAGACGCGGAAUAUAAUAAUGAGGAUAUUAUAAAAAUCUUCUCCGUGAAUAUUUAAAUAUAAAUAUAAUGUGCAAGCUUUCGUGGUGACCAAUCAAACGUUGUUCAGGUCAAUUAAUCUCUAACGGAUGUAAGUAUACAUCCAUUUUUAUAUGUUAGAUAAAUUUACAACUAUA